AUGCCCCUUACGGGGUGUCACCACAAUCCAGCGGUCACUCGUGAGAACCUGGACCCCGGCACGACACAGAUUUUACUCACCCUCAUCCGCGAGGCUUACAAGGAAUUGUUUUUAAAUCCUAAGCCAACCAAAUCUGUUACGCUGAAUGGGUCUGUGGACAAGAAACGAGUCGUCUCCUCCAAGCUCGGGUUCAUCUCUAUCACCCGUGAAUCCGCCGCCGUGGAGUUCCCAGUCGUCAUUCAAGGGAAGGAAUUGCUUCAGAAGCUUCGCCAGAUACCGCUUUUCAGCGCUGUAUCCAUCACCGGCGAGCUGGUCGAGAAACCGUCCAAGGUCUCCGACCCUAAUGCGCCUCCUCAGUAUGAGCUGGUCGCCUCAUCAAUCGAUUGCCUCAGCCCGUUUCCUAAGGAUAUCGUCCUGACCGAGAACGACAACUUCGCGCCGGAAUCCAGGUUCUUGCAGUUGCGCUUCCACACCGAAUUCAGGCACAGGCUGAGGUUUAGGGAAUGGCUACAGUCGACUCUUAGCUCUGUGGCGAGCAAGUAUGACUACAGCGCCAUCACCACGCCAAUGCUCUUCAAGUCUACUCCCGAGGGAGCGCGUGAAUUCCUGGUACCCACACGCACAAGGGGACGCGCUUACGCUCUAGUGCAGAGCCCACAGCAGUACAAGCAGGCUCUCAUGGCAUCAGGUAUUCGCGGGUACCAGCAGUUUGCGGUAUGCUUUAGGGACGAGGACUUGCGUGCUGAUAGGCAGCCAGAGUUUAUGCAGUUUGAUAUGGAAAAGUCGUACGCCGAUGGCCGGCAGAUCACGUCUGACAUCGAGAACAUCGUCAAGGAGGCGUGGCAACGUCUCUGCGAGGACCAUACUCUCUACAAAUAUGGAGACUCUUUCAUCCCAGUUCAGAACCAGCACGCCUCUAGACCCGAUAUCCAGAAACUGGAAUCGCAAAACAUCCCUGCACUGCCCAAAGAACCUUUCCCGCGUCUUACCUACCAUGAAUGCAUGACACUCUACGGCUCCGACAAGCCCGAUCUUCGGAUUCCCGGCCAGAUCUCUGAUGUAACUAAACAUGUUAGCGAGAACUUCGUUAGCAUGAUUACCUACCUCAAAGAUUCAACCGUUGAAGCUUGGAAAUUUCACCUGGGUUCCUCGGUCCGUGAAGUCCGCGCUUUCGUCCAUGAGUUCAUGGAUGGACUGAACACGCAAUUCCGAGAUCACCCUGAUGGAACCCCCCAAGUCCUCAUCUUUGAUCCUCAACAACCCCGGGACGGAUUCUCUUCGCUAGGUCCGGAGGGUAUAGACCCGCUACUUCCAGACCUAGGUCCUGGGGAUCUGGAGCCUGGCGACGUCGUCGUUUUCCAAGCAAGGAAGAAAGGCCCCUUCUAUGGUGGCUCCACUAACCUCGGCGAAGUGCGCAAGCGCAUCUUCGACGCCGCCGUCGCCAAAGGCUUAAUCGAAGCGCCAGAAGGAUUCAAAUUCCUCUGGGUCACCGAAUUCCCCCUUUUCAGUCCCGAGGAGGAUGACACCCCAGGCCAAGGCGGCACAGCCGGCUUCUCCGCCACCCACCACCCCUUCACCGCGCCCCUCACACCCCAAGACUUCGAACUCCUUCGCACAGACCCUCUCAAGGCCAAGGCCGACGCAUACGACCUAGUCCUCAACGGUACGGAGAUAGGAGGCGGCAGCCGACGUAUCCACCGCGCCGACAUCCAGGAAGCCAUCAUGCGUGAGGUACUGGGGAUGAGCGAGGAGCGCAUCGCCGACUUCGAACCGUUGCUGAGCGCUCUGCGGUGUGCGCCGCCUCAUGCUGGAUUCGCUUUUGGAUUCGACCGACUCUGUGCGUUGCUGACGGGGACGAACUCGAUUCGGGAUGUCAUUGCUUUCCCGAAGAGUAUGAAGGGAGAGGAUCUCUUUGCGAGGAGUCCUGGGGAGUUGACAGAGAGCCAGCUGGAGACAUAUCAUUUGAAGCUUCGUGAGUAG